AUGAAAACUUUGCUUCUCUCUCUCCUUCUCUUUGCUAUUGCAGCAUAUUUCUCCGUGCUCUUUGCAGGUGUCCAUUCCCAAGUUAAACUGCUGCAGACCGGAGCAGCCCAGGUGAAGCCCUCACAGACCCUGAGACUCACCUGCUCCGUGUCUGGAUUCUCUCUCACGUCUAGCGGGUAUGGGGUGAGCUGGGUUCGACAGCCCCCAGCGAAAGGCCUGGAGUGGUUAUCUGCUGUGUACUGGGAUGAAGACAAAUACUACCAGGAGUCUCUGAAAAACGGACUGACCAUCUCUAGGGACACCUCUAAAAGCGAGGUGUAUUUGGAAAUGAGAGGCAUGGAGGCCAGAGACAGCGGCACCUAUUACUGCGCCAGGAGACACACAUUGGUUCAGUCGAGUCCUGGAACCAUGAAGCCCUCAGAAUCUCUCCAUCUGACAUGUACCGCCUCUGGUUUCUCCAUUGCCAGUAGCGGUUACACUUGUCACUGGAUCCGACGGGCUCCUGGCAAAGGGCUGGAAUGGCUGGGCUACGUCAAUGUGUAUUACUCCACCUCCGGCUCCAUCUCCCCCCCCCAGAGCCGAAUCUCCAUCACACAAGACACCUCCAAGAACGAGCUUUACCUGCGGCUCCGCUCGCUGACAGCUGCAGACACCGCUGCCUAUUACUGCGCCAGGCACACAAUGACACGGAGCGAAGCAGGGCCUGGCACAAAAUGUCAAUGGGCCGCGGUGAUAGAGGAGUAG